CUUAAUCAUCUAACACUCUUCCUUAAUUUUCUCUCUUUUUUCUACAAAACCAAAGUUUCUCUUCAAUCUAAUUUAGUACUCUCUCAUUUCCAUUCAUACAUAUAUUAAAAAAAUGACAAACAAUACCACCAUCCACCCUCAAGCCAAAACCACCACCAACGGUGGUGCAGCCACCGCCGUUAAACCCUCAUUCCCGGCGACAAAAGCGCAAAUCUACGGCGCCACCCGCCCAACCUACCGUCCACAAACCCACCGUCACCGUAACAACCGUAACUGGUGUUGCACCAUUUGUUGCUGGCUUCUUCUCAUCCUCAUCUUCGUCCUCAUCCUCCUCGGCGUCGCUGGCACCGUCGUCUACUUCCUCUACCAUCCCCAACGUCCUUCCUUCACCGUCACCUCCCUUAAACUCACCUCCUCUGAAUUUGACCUAACUCUUUCCACCACAAACCCUAACGAGAAAAUAACAUUUUCUUACCAACCCAUCUCAGUUUCUCUUCUAGCCGGUGAACUCGACGUUGGUGACGGUGUUAUUCCGUCGUUUGAGCAUGGAACGAAGAAUACUACGAUGUUGAAAGCUUUGGUUGAGAGAAAGAGUGUGAAGAGGAAGUCAUUGGAGUUGAAGAUGAAGAUGGAGACUAAGGUGGAGGCUAAGAUGUGGGUUUUCAAGACUCCACAUGUUGGAAUAAAUGUGCUUUGUGACGGUAUCGAUGUCGCCGGCGAGAAAGUGACGACGGCGGAUGAGAAGUGUGCGGUGGAUGUGAGGUUCAAGGUCUGGAAAUGGACUCUUGGAUGAUCGGAUUUGUUAUGUACGUGUGCUAGCUAUGUGUUGUUUUGUGAUGUUGUUUUUGAUUUUUGGUUUUCAAAGAGGCUUUUAUUAUUAAUACUAAUUAAUUUUCUUGUCCAUCAUUAUAUUAUUUAUUGUAAUCUGAUUUUUAUUUGGUAUAUUUUCUGAAAUUUAUUUUGUAAUUCAAGAGUUUAUUUUCCAAUAAAAUUUGUACAUAAACCAUCGUCUUGAUCCCUAAUUGAUUCAAGCGUUGUAAUACAAGUUUCUGGAUUAAUUACGAUCA